AUGAAUGCAUUAGGUCCCGGACUAUCUGUUUGCGAGUCAAACGAAGAACGAGUGGCAAAUUGGAGAGCGAUAGACACAGACAUACGGAGUCUAUUCCCAUGGGAUGUGUGGCCCACACCUGCAUCUGACCCGUCAAACCUGUUAUCCAUCGACUCGUCACCGAUCGACGCAUUUGUGAUUGGCUCCAGAGCUCGGGAACAGCUCCAACACAUCGCCAGAGACACCAAUAUAACGCCGCGAGAUAUCGCACAACUAUCCAAGAUUUUAAGUAAGACAUCGUUUGAUUGUGAGACCGAAGAAACAAACAAUAAAGUGAUUUCAAACACAACCACAACCACUGCCACAACGCACCAGUCCUUUAGUGAGAGACAACAAUCGCCGCCACAAACCAGUGAUCCAUCCGAAGACCACAAGAAGAACCGAAUUGACUCACAAGAGGAAGAAAUAGUGAACUAUGAACUAAGCGACGAGAACAUGGAAUUAGUGGAGUUAAGUGCUUCUCAUUCCCUGUCGCCCAACAGGCAGACAACGGGAGGUCAUCGGGAACUGCCAGUUGAUGUCCCGGAAUCCUUUGUCGGUGUAGUGAAACAGACCCCCCGAUAUCCGCCCCCACAUCCGCCGCCGGCACCGCCACAGCGAACCUCAUCGCAAGCGCCACAGAAUGAGAAGAUUCGCAAAUAUUCCGAAGAAAUUAGCCAAAAGAAAGCGGAGGAAGAGUUCCUGCGGUCGAGUCUCAGAGGUAGCAAAAAACUACAACAACUCGAACACAAUAAGCCGAAAGAGUUGGAACCCGUAGUCAAUAAUGCCUUCGAAGCCGAUGACGACGACGACCCCCAACUCAUCGACUCCGACACCAAUACAGCAAUCUAUACAACUAUUAUGCAAACGCAACAAAAACAAAAACACCGCUCAUUACCACAAACCGUCAUCACAAAUGCCGCAUCCAAUACGGCAGACCUCGUCCAAGAAGUGAUACUAUUAUUGCAAGAAGAAGCUUUGAAUACCGAAGCGGCGGAACUGUUAGAGAUAUUGACCCGCUUUGAAUUGGAGGGACUUUGCUAUGCAUACGAUCACAUCGCACAGUCAUCAACUGUCGGCCCAAUACACCUCUCGCCCAACCACGACAUUAACGUCGACGACAAAAACGAUGUCGAGAUCUUAGACGAAGUAAUCGAUGACUCGAGCGUUAAAGUGGUUCGCAUAGAGAAGUCUUCGUGCGAGCCGUUGGGGGCGACCGUACGUAAUGAACAGGACGGCAGUGUCAUCAUUGGCCGCAUUGUCAAAGGAGGUGCCGCCGAGAAGUCAGGUUUGUUACACGAAAACGACGAGAUUCUCGAAGUGAAUGGCAUCGAAAUGAAAGGACGAAAUGUUAACCAAGUCUGCGAUCUUCUCGCGGAAAUGACUGGAACGCUAACGUUUGUAAUUGCAAUCCGCGAUAACGUUAAGGACUGCGAUCCCUCUCCACAACAAAUGAUUCAUUUAAAAGCGCUCUUCGAUUACGAUCCCGACGAAGACCUAUACAUUCCGUGUCGUGAACUGGGAAUAUGUUUCUCAAAAGGUGAUAUUUUACAUGUCAUCGAUCAGAAUGACAUGAAUUGGUGGCAGGCGUAUAGGGAGGGCGAACACGACCAGUCACUCGCCGGUCUCAUCCCAUCGAUUCACUUCCAGAUUCAGAGAGAGACGAUGAAACAGUCGAUACUGAAUGAUAGCACAAACAUAUCGACCAUUAAUAGUAAAAACAGACAUAACAAGAAGACGAGUGCAUCGGCUCUACUGUUAAAUUGCGGCAAAAAGUCCACUCAUCGCAAGAAGAAGAAUCGCAAAUCUCAAAGUACUUAUUAA